CUCCAUCAGCUUGAGCAGACUUCUUACUACCAUUUCGCCGUUGACUCUUUGAACGUUGUCUAUGAGUCUCCCGAACGUAGCACCCAGACUUGAAGCGACUGGGGAGAAACAACUUCCGCUACCUUCCUCGCAUGUUGCAGAGCCCACUUCAGUGACGACUGCGUCACAACAAGCUGCUGCAGGUCCUGGUUCCGGCCACGAAGUUCCUCUGGACCAGAUCCGGAAACCAGAGGAGGUCGACUGGGAUGACCCGAAUAUUCGUGUCGUCGAGCUACCUCCGCAGAGGAAACCAUCAUUCAAAGAAAGGGUAUACGGUUAUGCGAGGGUCAUUCGAGGAAGUGCACUUGCUGACCCAAACGUCAAGGAGCAAGGAGAAAGAGUUCUUCGCGGAGAGGAAACGAUUCCGAGGCGCAGAGGAUCGGCGUCGGACUAGACGUGUCGGUGAGGGCAGACUCAAAGUGGUUGAACCCAUGGAGGUUCUUCGAGUGGUGGUGGUUCUGCACUGUCUUUUUGUAGUACUUGUGCUACUAGUAUUUGUACUCAAGUUGUCGUGCUUGGAUGUUUUGGUUCUAUUCAAAAUCGGGUGUGUCGAU